AUGUCACCGCUCAACAAGUUGGAGAACCGCUCAGGGAUUUUCCCCAGGAGAUUGGAAUCACUAGUAUCAUUGUGGAAACGCAUCGCAAUUCCGCCGGGGGUCUACCAGUCUCCGAUACAAAUAGAAGAGAGCAACAGGGAUCCAUGGAUAAAAUCAGGUAAAUAUGCCCUUGGCUGGGUAUAUUUCUCCAUCAUUCUGCUUGUUGCGACGACUUUGUUUUAUCUUUACAAUAUUUGGUGUGAUAAGAUAAGAACAGGCCUCUACAAGGAAGAAAUCCGUAAUAUCAAGAUGUCAUCGCCGCAGUUGGAUAUUGAGAUGACAAGCCCUGGCACAGCCAACUCUUCGCGCAAUUUCUUCCCUACUGAAGAAACGCUUGACUCCGUUUCCGGGCCUAAACGGGAAUCUUCCAUCUCGAAUUUACCAUUCAUAAACUACCUAACAGCGUUGAUAAGGUGGAUAGUCUACAGACCAAUUCCAGUUAUUCGACUAUGGAAGGUGGAGAUCGUACCCCCGUCUAUGGGUGCUAGCGUUGUAGUGACAAUGGCUUUAAUAUUUGUCACGCUCUAUUGCUUCGUACCCCAACCCCUUUUUUAUAGCAGCAUCCGAGCCGGAUCUCCCCCCCUAGCUAUCCGUGCUGGAAUGAUCGCUGUUGCGUUGAUGCCGUGGAUAGUCGCGUUGAGCUCGAAGGCAAAUCUCAUCUCUCUAAUGACCGGCAUUGGCCAUGAGCGGCUUAAUGUCUUGCAUCGGUGGGGCGGCUACCUCUGCCUCUUUCUGAGUCUUGUUCACAUGAUUCCAUUUUAUAUUACCCCUGUCUGGGAGAACGACGGAUUGCAAAUAUAUGGGAAGCUUCGCACUGGAAAUUUGUAUAUCUACGCCUCCGGACUGGCAGCAUUCGCACCGCUUUGUUUCCUUUGUGUCCAUUCCUUACCCGUGCUCCGCAACCGGAUGUAUGAGCUCUUUGUAACCUUACAUGUACCUGUCAGCAUCGUGUUCCUUGGAACGCUUUUCUGGCACUGCAAAAAUUUCUUGACUUCAUGGCAUUACCUGUUUUCUACCGUGGGGAUCUGGCUGGUGUCAUACUUCGCUAGGCUGUUCUUCCUUAAUUGGACUAACCCCUUCCGUCUUUCCUGGCUCAUCGGGGAAGAGUCUGCAGUCACAAUUCUGCCAGAGACUGCGGUUAAAGUCACGAUCCCUACGCAGAUGAGAUGGAAGCCAGGCCAGUACGUCUAUUUACGGAUGCCAGGUAUCUCAUUCUUCGAGAAUCACCCCUUCACAGUUGCCUCUCUAUGUAGUGACGACUUUCCCUCCGAAUACGGCGAGGAGUACCGAGAUAUGAUACUUGUCUUUCGGCCAUUUGGUGGCUUUACCGGCAAAGUACUUGACACUGCUCUUGAAAAGGGCCCGUACAAGACUUACCGUGCUUUUAUUGAUGGCCCUUACGGAGGCAUGCGACGGGAAAUGGCCUCAUUCGAUGACGUAGUCUUUUUUGCGGGGGGCAGUGGCAUUACAGCCAUCGCUAGCCAGCUCCUUGAUCUAAUCAAAAGAAUGCGAGACGGCAAGGCCCUCACGCGAACUGUGCGGGUUAUCUGGGCCCUCAAGCGCCCGGAAACCAUGGAAUGGUUCAAAGAAGAAUUGCGAAUAUGUCGUGAAUAUGCCCCUCCAGGCUCUGUCUUUUGCCAAUUCUACCUCACGGCCGCGAAGCGCCACGACGGAACCACCAUAACUCGCUCAAGGCCCCAUAGCACUGUCUUACACGAUCGGAUAAAUGACGUUUUCCAGGGAGUCGCUAGCAAGCGAAACUCUGCCUUCAUCCGUGAGGAAGCUGGCGGGGAUGUAGAGCGCGAAAAGGAACUGCGCCGCGAAAACGAGGAUGGAAUUUCUGCCCUCCCAGCCGCCCUAAUCCAGCAACACCACCAAAACUAUCAUCACUCGCGCUCCCUAGGCCCUGAAAUCGUCGCCCCCAUUCCCGUCGCGGGUUCCGCACACCCGUUCCCCUCUUUUCCUUUCUCCCAAGAGGAUUACUUCAACCAACAACACCAACCACAACAAGCGACGGAAGACCCACGCUCUUUCGACUUCGGUUUCCCCAGCACCCCCACACUUUUCCAAAAGAACCUAAUGCGUUUCGCCUUCCUCCCGACGCAAAAACGCGACGGCUGGCGUACCGAAUAUGGCCGGCCGGAUAUCCCCUUUAUGCUGCGGCAGUUUUCUAAAGAUUUCGGCCGGCGUACGUGUGUGUUUGUCUGCGGACCGCCUAGUAUGCGGAUUGAUGUGGCGAAUACGGUUGCGCAGUUGCAGAGAGUUGUUAUGAAGGAUCCGGGGAAGGAUGAACUGUAUUUGCAUACCGAGAAUUAUGCUAUUUGA